AUGUCUUGUGCUAGUAUCAAGCGUCUUUUCACCAGCAGAGGACCUCGGAACACAUUGUCCGAGAAACAGGAGAUCAUGAAAAGUGCCUCGAUACCAACUUAUCCUGCAGUGGAGCGGCCCCUCUAUUCGAUACCGAAGAACCUGGCAGGAAAAGUAGCCCUAAUCACCGGAGCUUCACGUGGAAUUGGAGCCGGCAUAGCGCUCGAGCUAGGAGCCCGUCAUGCUUCGGUCAUCGUCAAUUAUGUGCGAGGUAAAGAUGCUGCAGAACGAAUUGUGCAGCAAAUAGAGGAUUCAGGAGGCAGUGCAGCAGCCUUGCAGGCGGAUGUAUCCCGGGUUCCAGAGAUAGGAAGGCUCUUCCACGAAGCUAAAGCGAUAUACGGCAAAAUCGACAUCGUCUGCUCAAAUUCCGGCAUGGAAAGCUUUGACCGUACUGAAGAUAUCACGGAGGAGCGGUUCGACACAGUCUUUGGCCUUAAUUUUAGGGCUCAAUUCUUUGUAGCACAGCACGCCUAUCAGUAUUGUGAGCCGGGGGGCCGUCUGAUAUUGAUGAGCUCAAUUGCCGCAGGUUUGAUCACUGUGGGAGAUCAUGCCCUUUACAGUGCGAGUAAAGCAGCCAUCAACGGAGCUACAAAAUCGUUCGCAAAAGACUUUGGCUCAAAACAGAUAACGGUGAACGCAAUCGCACCAGGAGGAAUCAAGAGCGACAUGUUCACCCAGGUCGCAUGGCGAUACAUUCCAGGUGGGACUGCGGAAUGGUCGGCUGAGAAGGUUGAAUUGGCCAUGGCAGAAACUUGCCCGCUCGGGAGGUGUGGCCUACCAGUCGAUGUGGCGAGGGUGGUGGCCUUUCUGGUAAGUGACGAUGGAGGAUGGGUAAAUGGUGAGUCGAAUUAUGGUCGUGUUGGCUCUGCUCCUGCUAAUGACAAAGUAGGUCAGGUACUUACCAUGAGUGGAGGAGCUGGCCAAUAG